AUGGAGUUCCAGCAAUAUGCAGCCAAGGUGCAGGACUGGAUGGAGGGGAUCAAGAUUGAGCUUUUCUGGGCCGGCCUGAACCCCAACUUAGUAGCCAACGCCCUGCCCCUUCUGCGCCCCGGAGCUCACGGAGAGACUAUCCGGUUCAGCGCUGACGAGGCGGCACCUUCCGGCACCAUCAGUGGGGUGCUGGCUGAGGAGCCGCCCGUCGAGCAGCGGGCAAGCGGCUUCCGCCUGCUGCAGCAGCCGGGCAACAGCUCGGCGGUGCGGGUGCGCGAGCGGGACGGGCAGCUGAGCGUGGGCGCCGAGCGGCUGGACCGGGAGGCGCUGUGCGGGCCGGCGGAGGAGCCCUGCGUGCUGCCCUUCGACGUGGUGAGCCUGGGCGGCGGCCGCGGGGGCGCGCAGUACCGCCGGCUGCACGUGGAGCUGGAGGUGCGCGACAUCAACGACCACGCGCCGCGCUUCCCGCAGCCCGUGCUGGCGCUGGAGGUGUCGGAGAGCGCCGCGCCGGGCACCCGCCUGCCGCUCGAGCUGGCCCGCGACCCGGACGCCGGCUCCAACGGCGUGCAGAGCUUCGCGCUCUCGCCCGCCGACGGCCCCUUCGGCCUGGAGGCGCAGAGCCGCGCCGACGGGCGCAAGGGCGCCGAGCUGGUGCUGCUGCGCGAGCUGGACCGCGAGGCGCAGGCCGCCUACCGCCUGGAGCUGGUGGCCAAGGACGGCGGGCGGCCGGCGCGCUCGGGCACGGCCACGCUCAGCGUGCGCGUGCUGGACGCCAACGACAACGCGCCCGCCUUCCCGCGCGGCGCGCUCCUGACCCUGGAGCUGCCCGAGGACGCGCCGCCGGGCGCGCUGCUGCUCGAGCUGGACGCCGCCGACCCGGACGAGGGCGCCAACGGGCAGCUGCUCUACUCGUGGGGCAGCCAGGUGCCUCCCGAGGCGCGCCGCCUCUUCGCCCUCGACCCGCUCUCGGGCCGCCUCAGCCUGCGCGCCGCUCUGGACUACGAGCUGCAGCGCGCCUACGAGCUCGACGUGCAGGCCAGCGACCGCGGCGCCAGCCCGCUGGCCGCCAGCUGCAAGGUGCUGGUGCGCCUCCUCGACGUGAACGACAACGCGCCGGCCCUGGCCGUCAGCGCGCUCUCGGCGGGCCCGGGCGGCCCGGCGGCGGGGGCCGAGGCCGGCCUGGCCUUCGUCAGCGAGGCGGCGGCGCCCCAGAGCCUGGUGGCGCUGGUCAGCGCCUCGGACGGCGACGCGGGCGCCAACGGGCAGGUGCGCCUGGCCCUGCUACCCGCGCCGCAGCAGCCCUUCGCCCUGCAGCGCGCCUACGAGGCCAGCUACCUGCUGCUCACCGCCGCGCCCCUGGACCGCGAGCGCGUGCCCGAGUACAACCUCACGCUCGUGGCCGAGGACCUGGGCUCGCCCCCCGCCCGCACCGUGCGCCGCCUCACCGUGCGCCUGGCCGACGAGAACGACAACGCGCCGCGCUUCGCCGAGGCCCGCUACGAGCUGGCGCUGCUGGAGAACAACGCGCCCGGUGCCUACCUGGCCGCCCUGCUGGCCUCCGACCCGGACCUGGGCGCCAAUGGCCGCCUCUCCUACCGCCUGCUCGACGGCCCGGCCGCGGACGCCUCCCUUGCCACCUACCUCUCGCUGGACCCGGCCACCGGCGCCCUCUACGCCGCCCGCGCCUUCGACUACGAGCUCCUCAAGCAGCUGGAGGUGAGCGUCCAGGCCGUGGACGGCGGCUCUCCGCCGCUCUCUGGCACCGCCGUGGUCCGGGUGCGAGUGGUGGACCAGAACGACAACGCGCCCCUCAUCACUCACCCGCGGGACCUUCCCUUGCCCUUGGGCGCCCCCGCCGGGUUCCCGAUCGCCCGCCUGGUGGCAAGCGAUGCAGACACGGGCCCCAAUGCCGAGCUGUCCUUCUCCCUCCGGGUGCCCGAGCCCUUCGCCAUCCACCUGCGGACCGGCGAGCUCUUCCUUCGGCAGCGGCUCCCCGCCGGUGCUGCAUCCCAAGCGGCGUUCCGUCGAGGACAGCGGGAGGCCCGCGCUGACCAGCGCUGCCGCUCUGCGGCUCAUUCCCACGGGCGCGCUGCCCUCUAG